CAAAGCACAAACAAACUACAACAAAAUGAAAUUCCUUAUCUGCUUGGCUCUCCUCUUCGCCGUCGCCCAGGCUAACCCCGGUAUCGUGGCACCUUUGACCUACUCGGCUGUGCCCACCGUAGCCACCUAUGCUGCAUCCCCAUAUGCCUACGCCGCACCUGCCGUUGCCACCUACUCACACGCCGCUUACUCCGCCCCAGCUGUGGCCACUUACUCGCACGUUGCUGCUCCAGCUGUGUACAGCGCUCCAGUUGCUCGUGUUGCUGCGGUCGCCCCCGUUGCAUACUCUGCUCCAGUCGUCUCAACUCUGUUGAAGAAAUAG